GAAACACAGACUGACAAGAACUCAAAGUGCCUUUUCCCCGGUUGUGUUCAGCCCCCUCUUCACAGGUGAAACAGUGUCACUAGUGGACGUGGACAUCUCUCAGCGAGGACUGACCUCCCCUCACCCUCCGACUCCACCACCUCCACCACGAAGAAGCCUCAGCCUGCUAGAUGAUAUCAGUGGGACGCUGCCUGCAUCUGUCCUAGUGGGUCCGAUGGGCUCCUCCCUGCAGUCUUUCCCUCUGCCUCCGCCUCCUCCGCCCCACGCCCCAGAUGCCUUCCCACGGAUUGUCCCGCUGAGGCCGAUGGAGACGAUGCCCGGCCAGCCCACCCCACACCUGCAGUGCCCGCUCUACCGCCCGGACUCCAGCAGCUUCGCAGCCAGCUUGCGAGAGCUGGAGAAGUGUGGGUGGUACUGGGGACCGAUGAACUGGGAGGACGCAGAGAUGAAGCUGAAGGGGAAACCGGAUGGGUCCUUUCUGGUCCGAGACAGCUCUGACCCCCGUUACAUCCUGAGCCUCAGCUUUCGGUCGCAGGGCAUCACCCAUCACACCAGGAUGGAGCACUACAGAGGGACCUUCAGCCUGUGGUGCCACCCCAAGUUUGAAGACCGCUGCCAGUCUGUGGUGGAGUUCAUAAAGAGAGCGAUCAUGCACUCCAAAAACGGGAAGUUUCUCUACUUCCUCCGGUCCAGGGUUCCAGGUCUCCCUCCGACGCCUGUCCAGCUCCUGUAUCCCGUCUCCAGGUUCAGCAAUGUCAAAUCCCUUCAGCACCUUUGCCGCUUUCGGAUCAGGCAGUUGGUCCGAAUAGACCACAUCCCCGAGCUCCCGCUGCCCAAACCCCUGAUCUCAUACAUCCGCAAGUUUUACUACUACGACCCGCAGGAGGAGGUGUAUCUGUCGCUGAAGGAAGCUCAGCUCAUCUCCAAACAGAAGCAGGAGACCGAAUCCUCCACGUAGCGAGGCUGCCUCACCCACCUUGUUGCUGUCACUGAUG